AGAUUCUCAUGUGAACGCUCGGAGCUGAUGUAGGAUGUCAAGACUCCUGAAUCCGCCGAUAACUAACAGGUUAAUCACCAUUUCUCUCCUCUUUCAGAGCAUUGUGGCAAAAUAUGGCUCUCAGUUUCGUGGGAACUCUCAGCACGAUGCCCUUGAGUUCCUCCUCUGGCUUUUGGACACAGUUCAUGAAGAUGCCAGUUCCAGCCUCAACAAUAACAACAGCAGCAGCAAGACCAAAGCUAACACCAAGGGACCCAGUCCAUUGGACGAGUCUUCCAGUCCCACUUUAGCCAGCACUCAGCAGCCUCGAGGUCGCCACAGUUUUGUCCAGGAACACUUCCAGGCUCAGUACAGGUCAUCGCUGACAUGCCCUCAUUGCCUUAAGCAAAGCAACACCUUCGACCCGUUUUUAUGUAUCUCCCUGCCAAUCCCACUUCGACAAACCAGACCGCUGUGUGUCACGCUGGUGUUCAGUGCAAAAGGUCAAAGAUAUCUGCGGGUUGGACUGGCCGUACCUCUUUUUGGUAACUUGUCCCUCCUGAGAACCAUGGUGGCAGAGGAGGGCAACAUCUCCCCAGACCAGGUCAUCCUGUCAGAGUUGUACUCCACGGGUUUCCAGCGAUCCUUCUUUGAUGACGACGACCUGACAGUCGUUGCUGACAGCGACGUGGUCUACGCUUUUCAGGCUCCUCCCAUCUCCAGUCGCGGAGGCUCCGCUCCACACUCAGGGUAUCACCACAGCCUCCCCUCCUCCCCCUACACCUCCACGGCUGGACCUGACGGUGAGAGGUUACCUCCGUCUGGCACGCUCUCCUCUGAAUACCUGAACAAGGGCGGCUCCUCGAAGAUCCUCCUCCUCAUCUGUAACACAGCGGGGUCCGGACAACAAGCUGUCAGGUUCGGGCCUCCAUUUCUCAUGCACGAAGACAGGAACAUCUCCUGGGAGCAGCUGCAGCAGAGCAUCCUCAGCAAGCUCUAUUAUCUCAUGCUGAAUGGAUCUCAGGCUCAGAGUGCUGGCGUGCUGUUUAAGGUGAGAGUGGUUGGAGGAUCAGCAGCAUACAGCUACCUGUCGCCACAGGACAACAGACCACUCCACCACCCUGCAGUUGACAGAGCAUUGAAGUUCUGUGGCACUGGUGGACCUCUGCACGUAAAGAUUGUCAUUGAGUGGGACCACAAGACUAAAGAAUGUCUGUUUGGCAGCAUCCAGGAGGAGGUGGUGAAGGAUGCAGAAAGUGUGAGGAACCAGCAGCAGCAACACCUACAGCAGCACAGCUGUACUUUAGACGAGUGCUUUCAGCUGUAUACCAAAGAAGAACAGCUUGCCCCAGAUGAUGCCUGGAAGUGUCCUCACUGUAAGCAGCUUCAGCAGGGUAUGGUGAAGAUGAGCCUGUGGACUCUCCCUGACAUACUGAUCCUCCAUCUGAAGCGUUUCCGACAGGUGGGUGAGCGGAGGAACAAGCUGUCAACUCUGGUGCGUUUUCCCCUCACUGGGUUGGAUAUGGCCCCCCACAUGGUGAAGCGGACUCAGAGCAUGAGGAACCUGAACCUGGGAGCCUGGGCACCUUCCUGGAAGCAGCCUUCAGGACAGCGCCACCAACCUGUCGACAUGACCCUCCCACUCGACUAUCAGUACGACCUUUAUGCUGUGUGUAACCACCAUGGAGGAAUGCAUGGAGGACAUUAUACCGCUUACUGCAGAAAUUCAGUGGAUGGCCAGUGGUACAGUUACGACGACAGCAGUGUUGACCUGGUGCCAGAGGAGGAAGUAUGUACCAGAGGAGCCUACAUCCUUUUUUACCAGAGACGCAACAUCAUUCCUCCAUGGUCGGCCAGUAGUUCCAUCAGAGGCUCUACCAGUUCAUCAGUGUCAGACCACUGGCUCAUCAGGCUCACAGUGGACAGUAAGCGAGGCAGUCUGGUGUCUCGAUCCUCCAUCACCUGCCCAUCUUCCAUUCCCGACUCUCCAGAAUCUCCCGUCUUCCUUGAUGAUUGUUUGACAGAGGAAAAGGGGGGUUUCGAGAGCAGGCACUUUGUCAGGGGUCUGCAGGGACGAAGCGUGAGCAUGAGAGCCCCUAGCAAGACCAAAGAUGCGCUGAGCAAAGUCCUUCCUUUGCGCUGGUCGUUUGGUUCCAAGGACAGACGCAAACCUGACCCAGUGCCCAAACCAGUGCAGGAUCCAGCCCCAGUGGAGCUAGUGCAAUACUUGGAAUCUGGCCGCCGGCCUCGGUGCACAAAGGACCCAAUAGUAACACUGAUGAGUGAACCCCGCAGCACAAAGGAAGCUGCUGAAGGCAAUGCUGCAGGCACUGCCCAGUCUGUUAAAGCAAGAGAUGAGCUGCUGACAGAGUCUCCACAGGUCCCAGAAGGACAGAGGAGACCAUCAGACAAGACAUCCAGUCUGAGACGCGGCAGGGGAGGCCAGAAAAGAGAUGAGGGCACCUCCAAUAUCAGCAACAGCUCUAGCAGUAACACCCUCACCAGGAGGAAGGAUGCCAAAAAGCAGAGCUCUUCUUAUGCUUCCCAGGAUACUGAUACAAAAAGAAGUUUGAGUGCUGGAGUUCAGCCCAGUUACAGUACCCCAAGUCUUAAUGAUGGGACUCUGAGGAGACAAAGGGGAGACAGGCCUGACAGGGAACAUCCCACUGCAAAUGAAGCAAACCCUAAAACCAAGAGAGGAGACGUGCCGAAGAGCCAUGAGGGAUUGCUCUCUUUCUUAAAAGGUAACUUUCUGAAAAAGGACAGGGACUCGAGGAAGUCCAGGGACGGUGAGUCGGGAAGAGGAGGAGAUGAGGACGGAGGCAGAAGGACAUCGUCAAGGCUAUCACUGUCAAACGGAGCAGCGGGUGGCAGAACUGGCGUGGAAGGAGGAAUAUAUACUGGCCAUCUUGGUUACGAGCUGGCGAACGGGAAGGUUGGACGCUCGGCAGCCGACAUCAAACGCUCACAAAGUUCCUCCAAUAUUCCGACCAAGGCGGAGCCGAGUAUGCACAGGACGGCGUCUCUGCAUCGCAACGGCGUGGCGGCGUCAGCGGCGCGCAGCCUGACGGCGGACAAGCCAUCGUACGGCACGCUGCAGAGGACUCGAUACAGCACAACUUCGCUGGGACGCAAAAGGACAGUCCCCGAGUCGAGCUUCUGACACAGAGAUCUUUAACACUAAGCCUUUUCUGAUAUAUACAUAUAGGGAAUAACAUCCUGUCUCCAAGAUCAAAAGCAAUAGUGCUAAAUUCACAGUGAAAUGCCUUUUGCUGCCAGAAAAUGAACUGGCUCCACUGAUUUGCACCUUUAGCUGGAACACAGAGAGCAGAAUAAAACGAUGUGGCUCGACUGUCAAACGUCAGACAAAGUCCAUCGCUGUUUAUUGUUUUUCCUUUUUUUUAAAAUCACUUAAAACAAGUGCCUGAUAAAAUCUAAUAUGCAGUUAGACCAAUGAGUUUCUAUCUCUUUUAGCACUGGAAGCACAAAAGCCCUUAAACAUAAACACACACGUACACGCAACUGCACAUACAAACAAGAGAUUUUUCUUAUCAAUUUAUUUGAAAUUCCUUUCAUUUUGCUUGUAACAAGGACACGCUAAGUUAAUCUAUAAAAGAAAUGUCAUGUGGCCACUUGUUUGGAGCUGUGAGGCUGCUGUUCCUGAUUAACAUCAGUUAUUUCUAAUUGAUCUCCUGUUUAAUAUGUGUGUAGAGUACAGAAUGGGUUUGAAUCCAUGUGACUCAUACUGCAGUAAGUGAUUAUCACAGGGGGAAAAUUAAACAUCUCAAGUGGAGUAACUCUGCAUGCAGCAGUGGUCUUCUAUAGCCUAACUCACCUCACCGCAGCAGAGGCAAACAAGGAAAAGUUCAUACGUCUUUCAUAAUAUUAAGAAUUCAACAGAAGCAUAAUAUCAGUGGAAUAUCCACCCUGAGAUUAUGAAAUUCAUUUCAUUUCGGUUUUAUCUUGUGUUUGGUGAAACAACUUUUUCCUGUACUUUACAGAACUGUCUGCUAAGGAAAUGCAUUUGGCCGUGGGUUAAAUGGAAGAGGUGACCAUUAUUAGCGCAGCGAGGGAGUGUUGAGCUUUCCCCUGAACUCGAAAUGCAUUUCCAUAAUAUUAUUCCACGUUGUUCUUGUUGGAUUUGUCGCUGAUUACUUGGGGCUGCACUCCUUUGAGUGAGCACAUUAUAAAAGUAGUCACGUUUAACAAAACAGGUUUUCUCCUUUAAUCGUUCCCAGAGUGAACAACCAAAGCUAUGAGAGGUUUAAAAUGCCUAAAUGAAGGCAAAGCACAAUAGUUCACAAUCGAUAUGUUUUCCUAUUUACUGUGUAAUUACCGUGAAGUGUGUCAAGAAGCGACGGAAAUGCACAGGACAGCGUCAGUGUCACGGCAGUCUGCUCGCUCACAGGAAGCUGUUGAGUGUUGUCAAUGUUUGCUCAUUGUUUGCCGGCGCUGGAUGACUCUGGAAUAUCGCUCACCUCUAAACAACUUUAAUUAAAGCAGCUGUUUGAAUAUACCAUUUCUUUUUUUAAUUCAGGCACUUUUAAAUCUCACACACACAAACUUAGCAGGUCCUCUGUGAAUCCGGUGUUAUGAAGGUUGUGCUGUGCACGUUGUGUCUUUUUCCGCAGCUUAAAGUGUUAUAUCGAACAUUAAUGGUGUUUAUAUUUUUGGAUGCUAUGCUAUGCUAUGCUAUGCUCUGCUAUGCUAUGCUAUGCUAUGGGGACAGAAACAAACCUGUUUCUCGAUUGUUUAAUUUUUGCUGUGCAGCUUCGUGUCAUCGCGCUUCAUAAUCAAAGCGGUUACUUGUAAGAAAAAUGCUGAGCCGAAUGACACGACUUCACUCGUCGCGCUCAUUUGCAGCUUCAGCGAGAAUCGUAGGUCGAGGUGAGGCACUUCCAUCAAGGCCACUUACGUAACUGGUGGAGGACGGCCGAGAAGGUAAUUUAAUUUCCCCUGUCAUGACUCCAUUAAUGGAAAUGGGUGAUACCCUCGUCACAGGUCUGCAUCACAUUCUGAUUGUUCCUCAGCAGGAUAACAGGCCAGCUGUUAUCGACUGUUGUAGCCAUAAUUGAAUGCCGUGUAUGACAGAGACAUCCCAUCAUUCCCACUUAGACGGAACACAUGUAUGACCCUAGGUUUGAUCAGGGAAACGUGAGGGAAUGUUAUGUAUCCAGUAGCUAAUCAUUUGCAAAUGGAUUAACAAAGUGUUUCCUCUCUCUUAUUAUCAGUCUCAAGCAGGAAACAUUGAUUCUCAUCAUGGGAAAAAUUCAACACAAACGUAUUAGCUACGGCAAAAUAUGUCGGCGUGCUCUCACUCGCCGGAGUAGCAACUAGAAUUAAGUUGCACUUGAAAUGCAUACGCAUGUCUUUUCUAAGGGGUUUGUGGAGUUCAUCAUGAAGGGCAGUUUUCUAUAAAACAGUGCGUUUCUCACGAUUUAGUUAUGAACACUGAAAUCGUCUAUAUUUUCUUUCAUUUUUUUAUGUCACGGAAACAAACUGCUGCUUUCCUUUUUCAAAAUAAACAAUGACACUGUACCGCACCACAAUUCCAAGUCUGUGAAACAAAACAAGUGAAUUGUUUUGGGGGCUAUUUGUCUGUUUCAAGGUAUUUUGGAUAGGGGGCUAAUUUCCUUCCCUAGACUUCAUUGCGAUUUUUCUUCAUCCUCUUUUGCUGCCAUUUAAUCGUGUUCUUUUUUUAAACUGGCUGAGUCAAGAACACUCAAACAGAUCGCCCAAUAAAUAUCUUCCAGUAACACCCACAGACCCAGACAGUUGAGUCUGGGCCUUAAGUGAGACCUUGUGUCACUGCAGAGGAACGUUGUUAUUAUUAGUUUAUACAUUAAGCCAGUGUUUUUUCCCCUCGUCAUAUUUAAUAAUCCUGCUGCAAGCUGUUGUUAUAGCUUUGGUCUAUACUGUGCACUGCUGCAGUUUAUAGAAAAAGAUAUAUAUAUAUAUAGAGAGAGAGAGAGAGAGAGUGAAAGAGAGAACUUAGACAAACUUUGCACAAAUACACACCAUAUUUACUUAAACAACACUUGCAUUAUCCAGUCAUUUUAAGCCUAAGCAAUAAUAGUUGAGUGUGUUGCUUACUGUUGUUGGUCUUUGCACACUUUUCUUUAACUCUGCUGUCAAAAGAAUCACAGAGAAAACAACUACAACACACCUAAUUCUCUGUUUUUAAAUGACAAGAGUGAAAGGAAAGCUCGGCUAUUUUUGAGAAGACGAGGAGGGGGAACUAAAGAUGCUCGUACACAAUUUAUUAUAAAUGCUAGUCAAUUCUGACUGUUUUCCUUCAAUUCACACGUGUUUGGUUUCGUUCUGUAGAUGAUAAUAUAUCUGAGAGAUCAAUUAUAAUAGGACACAAAGUUUAAAUUGGGACACAAAGUCUGUAUUGCAUUAUACAUGUAAAGGUUUGUUUGUUUUCUUUCCAUGGCUUAAUCUACAGAAUGUUUACUAUGUUUUUGUGAAAUGUAAGUUGGAGAUGUUUUAUAUGCAAUUUUUCUACAUUUUAUAUAUAUAAAAAAAAGUUCUAUGUUUGUGUUUGUGCAUAAACAAAUGAGUGAAUAAAUGAGGUUAUUGGCAUUGACGCUGA